AUGGCUGAUGUUGGUUCUGCUUUAGGUGUGGCUGCUAGUGCUGUUGGUGGUGCUUUGAACACCGCCACCGCUGGUGCUGCUUCUGUAUUUGGUGUUGCCACCGCUGGUGCUGACUCUGUUUUAGGUGUUGCAACUUCUGGUGCUGAUUCUAUCAUCCAUGCUGGUGCCACUGGUGCUACUUCAGUAUUUGGUGAUGCUACUUCAGCCGUUGGUGCUGGUGCUUCUGAUGCUCACUCUGUUGCCACUGGACUUCUUGACCAUUCCAGUGCUGAUUCAAGUGUUACCUCUGCUGCAUCAAAUUUGAUUAGUAGUCUUUCUUCUGGUAUUGAAUCUGCUGCUUCAGCCAAUUCUGCUUCUGAAUCAGAAUCUGGAUCAGAAUCUGGGUCAGCUCUGACUUCCACUUCUUCAGCAGCAGCUGCUGCUAUUAAUGCUCCAUUGGCAGGUGCCAUUGGUGGCUCUUCUUGGAAAGCAUCUGUUGGUGUUGCUGCUCUUGUUGGUUUUUCUGUGUUAUUAGGUGCUUUAUAA